AGUGCGCGGCUGAGCUGCAGCCGCCGGGUCUCGGAGAGCGCCCUGCUCCUCGCCCCUUGCCAUGAGCCCCGCCGCCCCUCGCCUCCCGCUCCUCCUCUUCCCGCUCCUGCUGCUGCUCCUGCCCGCGGCGCACGGUGACUGUCCGGAUCCCCCAGAAAUACCCAAUGCUCAUCCACUUUUGCCAGAUCCUCCACAGUUUCCCACUGACACUUCCAUAACUUAUAGCUGUAAUAAAGGAUUUGUGAAAAUUCCCGAUAAGUCAAAUUCAGUAGUCUGCCUUGAAAAUAAUCAGUGGUCGGAGUCUACAGAGUUCUGUAACCGGUCCUGUGACGUCCCUCCAACUUUCCGAUUUGCUUCUCUGAAGCCUGAAUAUAGAACUCAGAACUACUUUCCUGUCGGUUCUGUGGUGGAAUAUGAGUGCCGUCCAGGUUACAAAAGAAACUUCUCGCGCUCAUCUAAUCUUACUUGCCUUGAGAAUUUAGUGUGGUCCAAAGAGCCUGAAUUCUGUAUAAGAAAACAGUGUCCUUCUCCUCCCGACCUACCGAAUGGUCAAGUUCAUAUAACUGAUAUACUGUUCGGCUCAGUCAUCCACUUCAGCUGUAACGCCGGGUACAAAUUGAUUGGGGAUCAUUCCAGCACCUGUGAGUUAGUUGACAACAAGCUGGCCUGGAGUAAUUCACAUCCAGAAUGUGCACCCAUUUUGUGCCCUUCACCUCCAAAUAUUGCCAACGGAUUGUGGCAGCCGAAUGAAAAUGAUGAGUAUCCAGUUGGAGCAUCAGUGCCUUAUACCUGUGACAGAGGUUUCUCACUUGUUGGAAACAAAGAUCUUGUUUGUGGCAGUGAUGGAACCUGGAACAGCCCUCCCCCAGAAUGUAAAGUUGUUUCCUGUGAAAAUCCAGUAGUCGAAAAUGGAAUUCCGGUUAAUCCAUCAAGACCACCUUAUUCAUAUAAAGCUACACUAAUCUUUAGUUGUAAAUCUGGAUUCACCUUGGAAGGGAGUGCAAAAAUCACUUGUGAAUCUAACAGCACAUGGACCCCUGAUCCUCCAAAAUGUCUCAAAAUGGCCAUUUUGUGCCCUCCACCUCCAAAUAUUACCCAUGGAACAUGGCAACGAAAUAGAAGUGAAGAGUUUGUACCUGGAGCAUUGGUGUCUUAUACCUGUGAGAAAGGUUUCUCACUUAUUGGAAACAGAGAUCUUGUGUGUGGAGAUGUUGGAAGUUGGAGUGGCCCUCCCCCAGAAUGUAAAGCCAUUUUGUGCCCUCCACCUCCAAAUAUUGUCCAUGGAACAUGGCAACGAAAAAAAAGUGAAGAGUUUGUACCUGGAGCAUCGGUGUCUUAUACCUGUGAGAAAGGUUUCUCACUUAUUGGAAACAGAGAUCUUGUUUGUGAAGAUGUUGGAAGCUGGAGUGGCCCUCCCCCAGGAUGUAAAGGUUUCUGUGAAAAUCCAGAAGUCAAAAAUGGACGUGUGGUUGAGUCGUCACAAUCACCACCCUAUUUGUAUCAAACCACACUACAAUUUAGAUGCAACCCGGGAUUCACCAUGGAAGGGAAUCCAAAUAUUAAAUGUGAAUCUAACGGCACCUGGAUCCCUCCCCCUCCAGUCUGUCACAGUGCCUCCACCAUUUCUUCUGGAGUUGGUGGUGUAAUAGCAGUUGGUGUUUUGGGUAUAGUAAUAGUUGCUGCUGUUCUAGCAAAAUAUUGUUAUGAUUCUGGGAAAUCAGGCUCUUACAAUACAUAUGAGAACAACAAAGCAUGUAAUGUAAUAGCAGUGCCUGAUGACUCCACAGAAGUAAGAACUUUCAAUAAAAUAUGAAAGGAAAUAUGGGCCUAAUUUUGGCAGUGCUGAUUAUGAAGCUAAUCACAACUGGCUAGCUGAGAGGAGCAGAAGAUUAGCAGUUCAAAAAUUCAUACAAAUACCCCCAAACGUCUCUAGGUAGCAUCAAGACUGUUCCACGUGAUUUUCAUAGCCUUUUAAGUUGUACUAGAGCUCUAUAGAAUCUUAAUGAAGAGAAGAAACCAAAAAAGAAAAAUGGAUCCUCAGAAUCAUGCUAAUGUCAGCAUUGUUGAAUUCCCCCAAACCAGAUGAAUCAGCUUCCAGAUGCACCUGCAGCUGCUGGACGAAUUGCAACUUGCUGCAUCAAGAUAACUUUGAUCCUCUAAACAGGGACUAAAGAUCUGAGUUGGUUUAAAUUUAGAACUCUGUCAUGGCAUUCAAGAAAUAAUCUGGCAGUAGAAUUCCACUUAUGUUCUAAAGGUCAUCUUUGUACUAAGUCGAUUUAUAAAAUCAUUAAUGUUGUUUUUGUUAAAAAGAUUCUAAAUGAAAUCUGAUGAAAAACUUUCCCAGAGCAGUUGUCCUGAACAAACCGGCCAGAGAUAUCUGAACUGAAUUUGCUAAUUCUGUCUUGCUAUGAAAUUUUUUCAUCCUGAGGACAUCAAGGAUUGAAGAGGUUCCUUAUUCCCUUUUGCGUCCAGGUGAAGUGUAUUCAAUGUAAACAUCAAUGAAACAAAGUAUGUUAAUUACCCAAGCCCUUGAAAAUUAACUCUGAAGCCAGUUUCAUGAAAGCUUCAUUUUGCCAUGAAGAAGAUUUAAGGUAAAGAAUCUGGAUUCUGUCCAUGAUAUAUAAAAUGUAGAUUUUUCGCUUCAACUGAAUAACAGGAUAAGUACUCGAAGAGGCCUGGGAUGAGAAGAAUAAAAUGAUUUUAUUUUUAUAUCGAUUCUUGUAUAAUAGUGAAUUCCAAAACAAAAUGGUUCUGACAGCUGAAAUGAGGUGUUCCCAGCCAAAUUGUAUAUGUUGCUCUUUUAUAAUAUUAAGGCCUAAUUUAUUUGUACUUAUUUAUACCACUGAAAAGGAUGAUUUACAUGGUUACCAUGAUGGUUUUUUUUUUCAGAAAAUUGCAAGAAAUAACUUAUUUUCCCUAAAUAAAAGAAAGAGCAAAAGAG